CUGGAGGCCCGGGUGCUCCCAGCCAUGGGAAGGGGGUCUCUGAGAGCUCGGGGGUCGCCUGUGCUGAGGUGGCUGCUGUCACUACUGCUGCCGUCCUGGGGGCCAGUGUCUGAGGCUUGGGUGCUUCCAGGAAACACCUCUGGAGAGGCAGUCACCUCCCGCUGGGUCCUGGAUGGGCGCCCUUGGCACACAGUCACCCCGGAAGAGCCGAUCUCAACCCUAGACUCGGGGCUGCUGGCCUUGGAAGCUGAAGGCCAGGAGCUCCUGCUUGAGCUGGAGAAGAACCACAGGCUGCUGGCUGCUGGUUACACAGAAACCCACUAUAGCCAAGAUGGGCAGCCAGUGGUGCUGGUCCCCAACCACGUGGACCACUGUCACUACCAUGGGCGAGUGAGGGGCUUCCCCAACUCCUGGGUCGUGCUCAGCACCUGCUCUGGGAUGAGGGGCUUGAUCAGGCUCAACAGCAAUGCCAGCUAUUACCUGCAGCCCUGGCCACCUGGGGACCCAGAGGACCUCUCAACCUAUAGGACUUUUCGGAUGGAGAGGCUGCUCGUCUGGAAAGGGACCUGCAGCUACAGGGAUCCUGAGGCCAAAGGGGGCAUGGCCAGGCUUCCUCCUGUCCCCCAGAGCAGGGAAAGGCGAGAAGUUCCCAGGGGCAGGAAGUACCUGGAGCUGUACAUAGUAGCUGAUCACUCCCUGUACUUGAUCCAGCACCGGAAUUUGAACCACACCAAACAGCGUCUCCUGGAGGUUGCCAAUUAUGUAGACCAGAUCCUCAGGACUCUGGACAUUCAGGUGGUGCUGACCGGCCUGGAAGUGUGGACAGAGCAGGACCACAGCCGCGUCACACCUGACGCGAACGCCACACUCUGGGACUUCCUGCAGUGGCGCCGGGGGCUGUGGGCGAGGCGGCCUCACGACUCAGCGCAGCUACUCACGGGCUGCACCUUCCGGGGCGCCACCGUGGGCCUGGCUCCCGUCGAGGGCAUGUGUCGCGCAGAGAGCUCGGGAGGUGUGAGCAUGGACCACUCUGAGCUCCCCAUCGGCGCUGCGGCCACCAUGGCCCACGAGAUCGGCCACAACCUGGGCCUCAGCCACGACCCCGACGGCUGCUGCUCAGACGCUGUGGCAGAGCAGGGCGGCUGCGUCAUGGCUGCGGCCACCGGGUACGCCAGGGCUGGGGCACGGGACCCGGGCUUGUUCCUCCGCGUGCUGCUUUGCCUGGCCCCGCUCUCGCCUCCUCCGGCGGUCUGGGGCUCUGUGCCUGCACCUGAUCCAGUUUCACCUUUCUGACCCCAGAAGUGCCCGGACCUCUGUUGCUUCGCCCACAACUGCUCGCUGCGGGCGGGGGCCCAGUGUACCCGCGGGGACUGCUGCGCACGCUGCCUGCUGAAGCCAGCUGGCUCGCCCUGCCGCCGGGCCGUAGGUGACUGUGACCUCCCCGAGUUCUGCACUGGCUCUUCCCCUCACUGUCCCCCGGAUGUUUACCUGCUGGACGGCUGGCCCUGCGCUGGCGGCCAAGGCUACUGCCUGGACGGCGCGUGUCCCACGCUGGAGCAGCAGUGCGCACAGCUCUGGGGGCCUGGCUCCCGCCCAGCUCCCCGGGCCUGUUUCCAGCUGGUGAACCCCGUGGGAGACUCCGCGGGGAACUGCGGCAGGAAUGGCUCCGGCCGGUUCCUGCCUUGUGCUCAGAGGGACACUCAAUGCGGGAAGCUGCAGUGCCAGGGAGGGGAGCCCAGCCCCCUAGUGCCACACACGUUGUCUGUGGAGUCCACGGUUCAUUCAGACGGCCACCAGGUGACUUGUCGUGCAGCUCUGGUACUUCCAGAUGCCCAGGUGGACCUGCUGGACUUGGGCCUGGUACAGCCGGGCACUCAGUGUGGACCUGGAAUGGUAUGCCAGGACAGGCACUGCCAGAACACGUCCUCCCAGGAGCUGGAGCGCUGCCUGACUACCUGCCACAACCAUGGGGUUUGCAAUAGCAACCAUAACUGCCACUGCUCUCCGGGCUGGGCUCCACCCUUCUGUGACAAGCCAGGCUUCGGCGGCAGUGUGGACAGUGGCCCAGUGCAGCCUGCAAGCGGCGACACCUUCCUGCCGGCAGUGCUCUUCAGCUUCCUGCUGCCUCUGCUCCCUGGGGUGGGCCUGGCCUGGUGCUGCUUCCGGCUCCCCGGGCACCACCUCCAGCGAUGCCCUUGGGGCUGUAGGAGGGAACCGGAAUGCAAUAGGCCCAAAGAUGGCCCACGCAGGGACCGCAGCCUGGGUGGCAUUCACCUUGCGCAGUUGGGGUCUGUGGCCAUUGGAGACCCCCAGCCUCUAGACCCUGAGAACUCUGCCCAACCCAGCAGCCACCCUGAGAAGCCUGUGUCCUGCUGACCUUUUUUAAAUAUCCAAGGUAGGGUCAACUGCAAUGCUGAACCCUCUCCUUCCCACUGCUCAGCCACCCAUCUCUUUCUCCCUCAGCUCAGUGCCCCCAACUAGGCGUUUGGGUUUGGGUUAAAAUGGAAAUGAGACAUGACUUCUUGGAGAAACUGCUGUCACAGAGACCAGGAUGCUGGAACCCCUUGGGCAAGGGAGAGAGAAGUUGUGGUUCUUCCUGGGUCUUGGGUCAUUCCUGAAGGGGACAAGGGGUCUCUGCCACAUGACACUCAGCCUGGGGCCCCAGCCCUUACUUCUGCACUUCACUCUCAGCAGGUCAAGUCCAGAACCAAGAUCCUCUCUAUGGGGGACAGGUGGCUCCUGAGAUGAGUAGACAACUGACCACUGGUAGCCAUUCCAGGAAUUUGGAUUCCAAAGACAGACACAGCAAGUUCACUGAUCUCCCACACCUUCUGAAGCUUGGAGGUUUCUUCCUUCCUUAUCAAGCUCCAGGACCCAAGCUUCAUCAGGAGUUGCCUGUUGUUGUCCCUGCUCCUGAAAGCUCCAGCCCAAGAAUCUAUGCACAAAAGAGCAAAGGUCCCACAGUCCCCAACCCCCAGCAGGGGACGCCUCUGUCCUGGGAGCCUGGCUAUGUCUCCUUUGUGCACUGUAACUGCGUGCAGCUCUCUGGAGGGUGGGGACUCCUGAUGGAACCCACAUUUCCUUGCAAAUAAGCAAGCCAACAAGCAAGCACACAAAAUCUUUGAUACCCCCUUUGUGGUCGCCUCCUACCCCAUCCUGUGCCCUGGAUCCUUCUGAAGCCCCCACGCUGAUUCCAUUCCCAGUUCUCCGGCUGAGGUUGUAGAGGGCGUGGCCUUUUGCAGCCUCUUCCCUUGGACUUUAUCGGUCCUCCAUUCUGUGGGAGGGAAUCGAGGAGUCAGGUCGGAAGCAACAGUGCAGAGUCAGAAGAAAGACAGGCUUCCUGGGGCCUUUGUGAGUCUUUUCUGUUGUAAAGUCAACCCCUUAGGGUGUCCUGAGGGCCACUCGGGCUGGCAAGUGGUAGCAGUCAUGACUCUUUUGGACUCAGGAGGGCAUUGUCCAGCUUGAAUGAUCCCUUUGCUUGCCUCUCCUGUCCCCUUGGACAUUCUCGUCUCCCACUGCUCAUGACAGAGUUGCCGAAUGAUCUUGUGUAUUAGGCAGCUGUUGCUGCAUAACAAAACCACCCCCAAAACUGAGUUGCUUAAGGCAAAGGCAGCACAGUCAUACUGUGCAGAACUGGAGAAUCUUUGCUGUCUCCGUGGGCACCCAAGGAAUAGGCAACCCCAGCUCAUCUAUAGAUUUGUCAUGGUUCCAGUAAACAUCCCAAGAUAGUUUGUUGUUUUUUUGGGGGGGGGCUCCUAAAUGCAAAUAGAUCAGCAAAAAUCCAAGAAAAACU